UGUUGCUUGUCCUUCUCCAAGCACUCGCUAACACAUAAUCCUAGCCAACAGGGCCCCAUAUGGUCCGCCAGCCUGGUUGUGGCUGACUUUUGGGCCUUGGGAAACGUCGGUACUAAUGUUGCGGCUCAAGAUUACAUUGUUCACAAGCGCCGAGGGAGGGAUACGCAAAUAGCCGUGUAAUCUAGUGAUAGUGUCACAUGAGCACUGCUUCAAAAGGUUGGCUGCACAAGAGAAACACCAGCAGGCACCUGUUGAAGCAAGAGAGAAAGAAACGGGAGGCAAGAAGCUUUGCUUGAAAGAAAGAAAUGAGGGAAGAAAAGGGGAAGAAAAAAGGCUAUAUUGCCUUGUACGCCUUGAGUGACAUGCCUAUGAUGCUCUAUCAGGUACAUGUAUCGGCAUAGGAAUCAUUGGUUACCGUACACAUAUGUACGAGCACUGGUCUCUACCUACCUACGCCAGAUACUCCAACCUCUGGGCUAGCCUGUAUUCUCGAAUGGAAAAACUCGCCUAGCACUCCC